AUGUAUGUCCUCAAUCAAGCACACACUCUGCUGUUUUCUGCAGGUCAAUACACCGUGAUGAUGGCUCACUUUUACCUGAAGAGGAAGAUCGGUUACUUUGUCAUCCAGACCUACAUGCCUUGCUUCAUGACCGUCAUCUUGUCCCAGGUUUCCUUUUGGCUCAACAGGGAGUCUGUUCCAGCACGGACUGUCUUUGGUGUGACCACAGUGCUCACUAUGACAACUCUCAGCAUCAGUGCUCGAAACUCGCUGCCUAAAGUGGCUUACGCUACAGCCAUGGACUGGUUCAUCGCUGUCUGCUAUGCCUUUGUCUUCUCUGCACUCAUUGAAUUUGCAACAGUCAACUAUUUCACCAAGAGGAGCUGGGCCUGGGAUGGAAAAAAGGCAAUGGAAGCCCAACAACCCAAGGUAUUUUCUAUUGUGUGAGUGAGUGAGUGAAAAAAAGACCCUUUGGCUCUGUCUAAAAAGCCAAACAACACAUGCUCAGCCGGUGUGAAUUAUACCACCAACCUUACAAAGGACACAUCUAUCUCCACCAUUUCAAAUAGUACAGCUGUUCAGCUCAAACCCUCUGAAACCAAGGCCCCAGACCCCAAAAAGACUUACAACAGCGUGAGCAAGAUUGACAAGAUGUCCAGGAUAGUGUUCCCAGUCCUGUUUGGGACUUUCAACCUGGUGUACUGGGCCACGUACCUCAAUAGAGAACCAGUAAUCAAAGGGGCUAUUUACAGAGGCAUGUUCUGUAUUUGGCACAUAUGCCCACACGUGCUGGAGAAAGAGAAAAGAGAGCUCAUCCUCAUCAUCACAGCUCCUGUUUGCAGGAGAACUGGAAGGAGUCCUUCAGAAAGUGACGCGCACUUACCCACAGAGGAGUUGGUGAUGAAUUGGAGGAGCUCUGGAUACACUCACAGUGCGCGCACCCGCGUCUACGACCAGCAGUGCGUCCGCAACCGAGGAUGCGACCGCAACUGCGAGAGAGGCUGCAGCUUCGAGUGGAAACGACCCGCGGGGAAGGAUGUGACAACUCCGUCUUCAGACUUUUAA